UGCUGAGCAUCAGUUGAUAUAUAAAAGCCAGCUGCUCAAUAGCAAGUCAGUCGUUGCUUGGUGUCAGGAAAGUUUGUGUUCUGAGACGGUGCUGCGAUCAAAUUAUUGCAGUGAUUCCCUUCCUGUGUCCCGAUAAGUGAUCUUUUGUUUCUCCCGGAAAACCUUUCAGAUCCAAUUCUCAUACCGUCAUGGCAUCUGUUCCUUCAGCUGGCUGUUUGCUCGCAGCACGGAAUCAAUAUUAUAGAACCCGACUUCAUUCCACGUCAGAUGUAGCCUCCAGUGGUUCAUGCCGUUUGGAAAAUGCCAUGGAGCAUGAAAAACCCCAUCAAGGAUUUCUUCUCACACUGGAAAAAUGUUUGUGGUUAAAGAAUCUUCUGAACUGUGAGCCUGCUCAUCAUCCCGUUAACACUGAGCUAUCCACAGGAAGUGGCCAUCGUUGAUCAAGAAUGAUUCUUGGACAAAUGGUUUUUGUGGAUUAGGAUUUAAUCUACAGUAUUUGGUAUCAUGUUGCCACUGAUUCAGGGAAUUAGUUGCAGUUUACACAGAAGAGAUUUGAACUGCCAUGAAAUAGCUGAUGCCUAUCUCAAGAAGCAAGUGAUAUUACCAUCUACAGUGUUGCUCUUUAAUUAUUUUUCAACCAAGGUGAUGAACAAAAGAGCACAUCAAUAAUCUUCAAACAAUCUAGAUUUGGAUAUCAAAAAGUGGAAAACUGAUUUUAAAAACUGAAGGACGUGUCACAUUUUGGCCAAAGUUAAACUUGCAAUAUUUAGCUCAAUUCAGCAUAAUUUCUUUGUAGCAUAGGAACAAGUGUUGACAUAAUGUCUUCCUGUGGCAGUGUACAGAGUGUCUUUUACAAUAUGUGUGUUUGGUAUUUUGGUUAUUUGCUGUAUACUGUUUUUUAUAUUAAGUAUUAACUCUGUUAUUGAGUUGCCUGAUAAGUGACAUGCUUCUGAGUAAGGAUGACCACGUGUCAGAAAACCCAUUUGCUUUACUGUGAGAACAUAGAGUAGAGCCCAUUUUGUUUAAAAUAACAUCAAAACGACUGCAAUAUUUUAAUGAGCCAAGUCACCGACAGGCUACCAUUCAUUCUGUAAAUUUUCAUGAAAAAGUUGAUUUGGAUGCAAAUUGAGAAAUUCUGUUUUCUAAAUAAUUUUAAUUCUUACUUUGAGUUUUGGUAAAGUAGAUUUCAUACAUCAUUAUGUAAAAGUCUGAGCAAAACUGUCUUUUUUGUACAUGGCUGAAGUUUAAUUUGAUACAUAUUAGUUAUCCAUUGUGUGUAACUUUCAACUUUGGUGACAGAAACUGUUGUUAUUGAAAUGAAUGAAUUAGAGAAUGGGCUAUAUAAGAAAUGGCUCAUUCAUUGCUUGUUAUUCCAGUUUAAAUUGAAUGUUAUCUUGUUGCCAUUCUGAGAGAAUCUGACAGCCUGUUCUGGGGAAAUAUGUGUUGGGAGGAAAGAGUUAAAGCCUCCCUCCUCCCGUUGAGGAGUUUCGCCUAUAUAUUUAAUCAGAUUUGAUCGAAGCAAAACCUGUUGAAAGCAGGCUGAUCCCUGCUCCUGAUCUCUUGAUUAUGUGGUCCAAUGCAGCAACCUCUCCAAAAGAGCACUCAAUUGUGAAAUUUAGCUGCUGGUAUGAUACACUACUGAAUUAAUUGUGGGACUUUUAAAAAUGCUUUAUUUUAUUAUUAAAUUUCUUAAUGAACUUCUA